GCGACUCCUGCGUCUUUAUUGAAGUACUUCGACAGACACCCGAUGCAUGUGAUUCAGUGGAGUACUUGUGUCGACAUAGAUACAUGCAUUCGGUAACCCGGCCGAAUGAGAUCCUCCUUGAUGAUCAUGGGGACGUUGUGAUUCAUGUACUAUUCCUCCACGCUAUCUUCCGCGGUCUAAUUACGGGAUGCUAUAAUUGCUUCAUGGUGUCUGAAGACAGGUUCAACCGUUCAUCGCCAAAAGUACCUUCAUGGAGAGUUGCUUGGACGAGACACGUCCAUUGUAUAGAUGAAAUCAACCAAUUUGACGACUCCAUACUACCCUGGAAUACUAGCCUCUUGUCCAUCCGAAUGGAUAGAUUUCAAAUAUAUACCCUUGCUAAAGACAGGGAAAUAAGAAGGACGUCAUACUCCACUUCUCACCGGAGCGACCCGAAGGUAACAACAAUGAUAGACAAAGGUAUGGUACUUGCCGGUAGGUACUUCGUGCCAUGAACAGAGAUAUCCAUAGAUGGAAACAUGUCAACUAAAGAAGGGCCAAUUUUGGCACCCCAUCCUUUUGGGGUGAACCCAUCAUAACACGAACUAGUCGAAUACCACCAAUAUUAGUAUAUAAAUAAAAUGUCAGCAAGGUCGGCCACUACGACGGUGAUCUAUAUGUCAGUCCAGCCGGCUCCCCUGACUUCCCCUAUACACCAUCUAUUUACCAAGAGAGACAUUGGCAAACAUUGGCU